AUGUCACUCACCCCCUGGUCGCCGUCAUCCACUUACCCACUCAUCGGUAGUCCCCGUCAUCCACUCAUCGGUAGUCCUCUUCGCUUCGUACUCACCAUCGGGCCCACAUCGUGCUUCAUAUCUGCUCUUAAUUUUCCUCCAACUGCAUAUUCAAGGUCAAUAGGUCAUCAUGGUGUUAAGUAUUUUGUUGUUGAGAUCAUUGAAAAAAAGAUGAAGAUAAGUUAUUCAGAGUUCUUGGUUGCUGAUUUCAGUUGGGAUCGAUCAAGGGUGAAAUACAAAGGCGACCAAUCAAGAAUAAGGCAAAACUUCAGAAUUCAAAUUUCACAGCAUUUGGGUUUUGCUGGUGGUUCGUAAUUUGGAUAAACAAGAGGAGCAGUAUACAAAGUUCAAGGCCAAUCAAGUUUUAUUUAGUUUGAUAGUUUUAUGUUUUGAGUACUACCACAACAUUUAAACUUUUUUUUUUUUUUUGAAGACGUGUGUUUUAAGUAUUUUGUUGUUACACACGUUAAAUUUAAGUUAAAAUAGUGAUAUUAUGUUCUUCAUUUA